AUGAAUUUAAGAAACUCUGUAGCGGAAAGUAGCAAAAAAUCAUUUAUCAAGCAUGCGAAAAACCUUUCACAGCAAAGCUAUAUGGAGUCAGAACAAAUUGACAUUGUCAGCCAAUUUAGAAAUUAUAGAAAUCAAAAAUCCAAAUCUUCAAUCUCCCCUGCAAAAAUCGGAUCAUAUUCACAAAGCCCAGGAAAAUCGCCAGGGCAUGAGAUAUUUCACUAUCCUUUUCCUCCAAGCUCAGCAAGGCCCACUUCAAACUCACGACAAGGUGCUCUAAUUUCCGCAAAAAGCCAAGAUUUACAUGUGAUGAGACCACAUGGAUCUGCUGCAUAUUCAACUGAUAGAAAUAUUAAUACAGUUAGCAGAAGCCAUAGAUAUUACAAUCGCCAAGGCAAAUCCGAAGAUUUUUCUAUUAUUAAGCUUAACGACGCAAGCCCAACUAAAUCUUUUAUACAAGAAAUUGAAUUCUCUAAAUUAGAUGAAGAUGAGUAUCGGGUCUUUCUUGAAUCUUUUUCUCAUUUACAUGCCUUGAAAUUCGAUUUAGAACUAAACUGAGAAAUUUCUAAUGGAAAAGAAUGCAUUCCUCCUGAUAAAGGAAACAUGGGGACUUAUUACAUAUUGAAGGAUAAAAUCCAAAACUAUAAGGAAUUAGGACUGAAAAGUAUGAAAAACUAUAAAAGUGAAGAAUUAAUUGAAAUUUUGAAAGAAUACAGCAGGAUUUGUAGAGAUAUUUUUAGAGGGAUCAAGGUUAAAGGAAAUAGUAAUAAUGAGGUGAUGAUGCUUGAAAUGCUAUGGAGAUUGAUGCUUAAACUACUAGAUACGCUGAUGAGAAUGCAUGAAGAAAGCAUAAAUGCAGUUGUGGAGUGCACAAGGGCAAGAGUAAGAGUUCUUUCUGAUGAGCAUUUAAAAUAUACACAGCAGCUUCAAAGUGAUUAUGAGAGAACUAUUGCUAAGCUUACUGCAGAAAUUAAUAGUAAAACCAAUACAAUAAAAGUAUUGACAAAGGAUAAAACUGAAUUACUUGGAAUUGUUGCGAAUAGAGACCAAAGGAUUGCAGAAUUAACUGAAAUGGAUAAGCAGGAAGCUUCAUGUAUUGAGAUGAAUAGGAUGCUAAUUUCUCUCCUUCCUUAAGCGAGCAAAAAUUUAAUUAUCUUUUAUGGCGAGGGUUAAUUUUUUUUUUAAAAAAAUUGUUUUCUCGCCUAUGAGAUAGUAAGCAAGCUGAAUACUUAUAUAACUGAAGCUGAAUCAGAGCAAUUGAAACAAGUUGUCACUUUAAACAAUAUUUCAAGCAUCAUGACUAUAGCUGAAAUUCUUGGGAAAUCUCCUGAGAUAUUAGAAAAAGAAAUCCAAACUGCUUGGUCUAUAAAAGAUUUCGCUAUAUUUCCUGAAAUUGAUCCUCCUGCCAUUUCUUUGCACCCAUUCGCAAAAAUAAGUUUUCCACAGGCAGAUAUCCCAGCUAGCUUUAAUAUUCCUGAGUCUCAUUUACUAUUCCAAUCAGUUCUAGACAAAGGAAAUGGAGAUAAUGAUUUUUGCUUUGAAGUUCUAUAUGAGCUAAUAGACCGAUUUUCAAAAUCCGAUGAAGUUUCUUUUAAUACCGUAGAAAUAGUAAAAAUACUAAGCUCACAGAAAGAUUAUAAAAGCAGAUUAUUUUUGAAAAUGAUGGGAAUUCCUCAUCACACCUCAAUUCAGUGUCAAACUUUUGUGCUUAAAAUUAACCAGAUGUUUAGAAUUUAUCAAGAAGAUAAUCAUUUGCUGAGUUUAGGACAUUUAUAUGAAUUUUUGAACACAAAUUUAAAUAACUGCAGGCAUAGCUGUGAGAAUAUUUUGAGCAGAAUUGAAUAUAUCUGUCCUGAAUCGGCAGCUAGUUUGCCUAUUGAUACUUCUAUACUGAUUUUGCUCUGCAGACUUGAGGUUUCUAUUGAAAACUCACUCCCCUCCUCAAUGAAAAAAUGAAAAAUUUUGUUCGCUCAAGAAGGGAGUUUGCUGCUUUUUUAAAAAUUUUUGUAUAUAAAUAUUUAGUUUUUUCUAAAUUAAAAAUCUCCAUUUCACAAAAAUUAAGUUCAUUUUAAAAAAUUUAUUUUUAAAAUGUAAGCUAGCUCGAGAUUUCAUUAUAGUACUUAUCAUUUAUAUAUCAAAAUAUUUUUUUUAUAAAAAAUUAUUCUUCGUGGAUGGAGGUUUUUGCUUGAAAAAUAUAGAAUUUCCAAUCGUUUUAUUCGCUUACGAAGGAAGGGGAGUCAGGAAAAUCUCUAAAAUCUCUUUCUGGAAAUAAUGACCACAGUAAUUUAAAUAUUAGUGACAAAUAAAGAAUUUACUGAAUGAGCCAAAGAAAAAGCCAACUUUUGGGCAACAGAGCAGGAAAUCCUAAUUCUUUUCGAUUACCUUGCAAAAGAUCACAUGGUUUCUAUUGAAGCAAUAAUGAAGUCUAUAGAAGAUUACAAUAUAAUAAAUUUUUCCAAAGAAAUAAAAAUCCAAAAAGAAGACUUGCUUCUCAAAUUCAUCUACGAGUGAGAAAUAUUGCUUGAAAAAUUAAUCGAAAAGCACUUUACAGCCCAAAAACUGCAAUCCCACCCCAAGUAAUUUUUAUUAAGAUUUAAUGAACUUGUUAAUAGCUUAGGCAGAGAUGUCCCAGAUGCUCUUAUUAAGCAUGCAUUUGCUGAAAUCAUAUGCAAAGUUCCAGUCCUUGAAGUGUUAGAAAAAUACGAAAUUGUCCCGCAUCCAUUUAUAUUAUCUGAUUCCAAUUCAAAGAAAAAAAUGAAGAAAGGAAAAGGAAAGAAAUAA